AUGGGCUACAAUGUGGAAUUUCCAAGUGGCAAACGGCCCUUUCCAGCUCAAUUUGCAGUCAUGAACAAAGUAUUAACAGCUCUUAAAACCGAGCAACACGCACUUCUUGAGUCUCCAACAGGAAGUGGUAAAACAUUAGCGUUAUUAUGCUCGUCACUGACAUAUCAAAAGCAAUUUAUUCGAGAUAAAGUCAUGGCGCUUGAAAAGAAGCAACAAGAUCCUAUAGUUCAAGAGCAAGAGGCUAAGAAACAGGCUCAGGAGACGCAAUUAAGGGUGUUAAAGGCUCAGAUAUGUUUGAUGGAAGCACGCGAGCAGAUUGAAGAAGCCAAGAAACAGAGACAAGACGAGAAUGAGCUGAAUCUAUGCAAUGUGGAAACGACGCAGGAAGAAGAAGGAGGAGAAGGAGAUGAUGUAUCACCUACACAAGUUAAUCUUGACGGAGAAUGGCUAAAGAGUAAAAAACGAGAGCUAGAGAUGAAGUCUACUACAAUCAAAAAGAAGACAAGAAUGCUGCCCAAUUCGUUUGCAUUAGCAACAAAAAAAGUUGAUACAGUGCAGAUUGAAGACGUUGAUGUCCAGACUGUUGGAUCAGAAAGUAAAAGCAAGGAGAAGCAAGUAGUGCCACCACAAAUUUUCUUCUGCUCGCGUACGCACUCGCAGUUAGCACAGGUACUGGAUGAGCUAAAGAGCUGUCCUGUGUCGUAUCUCAACUCAUCCAUAGACUCAGACAACGUGACGAAAGAAUUGCAGGCGUGUGUACUGGGCUCCAAACGUAACAUGUGCAUCAACCGCAAAGUGAAUCGUGAUCCAUUGCACGUAGACGAGAAAUGUCGACAGGCACUUGAGGAGUCGUCGUGUUCGUAUCACAGAAAACGCAGCAAAGUUAAUGAUUUGCGCCGGAGUGUACCGCCCGUAUGGGAUAUUGAAGACCUUGUGAAACUGGCACAAAAGCACCGUGAGUGCGCUUACUUUCACGCGCGUGAAGCGCUGAACCGUGCUAACAUCGUCUUCGCGCCGUACAAUUAUCUGCUGGACCCGACGAUCCGCGAGGCAGUAGGAAUCAAACUUAAAGGUUCAAUCAUCAUACUGGAUGAAGCACAUAAUGUGGAAGACACGUGUCGAUCCAGUGCCAGUGUCGAGGUCACUGCGGAUGCAUUAGUGACGUCAAUCAAGGCAUUCUCAAUCGUGAUCAAGUACGGCAACCGACCGGAUGCAUACAAUACCUUGCUUAAGCUGCUAAAUGGUAUCAGCCGCUGGUUACAAGAAGUUGAUUCGAAUGCUAACGCCAUUCUUGAGCCUUCAGGUUAUGAAGAGAAAAGCAAAGUCUGGGAUGGCGCUGAUGCACUAGCCAUGCUUGCGGAGUAUUCUGGGCUCACAAAAGACAACUUGGCCGAAGUGAAAGCAAAGCUACAUGAGGUACGCGAGUACGAAACUGAGUUGGGCAACAGCUCAAAAUCCAGUCAACAACCUCAAACGCAAGCAUCUCAAGAUGCUGCGGAAAACCCGACAGGUGCAUCUGUAAUCUUGGGUGCGUUGGCAUUGACCACAGUGGAGAGCAUUAUGUGCGUGGUCGAUUACAUGUUCCGCGACAAUCUCAAAUACAUCGACGAUUUCAAGCUAGUUGUGAUAAAGUUAAAAUCAGCAUGGAAAGAGAAUGCUAGUUUUCAGUCUCCUACCAAGAGAAAUGGCGACGAGUGGACACUGAAAAUGUGUGUCUGGUGUUUGAAUGCUGCCGUGGCAUUCUCGGAUGUUGCAAGCCAAGCGCGUAGCGUCAUUCUCACAUCUGGUACAUUGAGUCCCAUGGAGUCGUUUGCUGGUGAGUUGGGUGUAAAUUUCCCUAUUCGCCUUGAGGCGAACCACGUCGUAAAUAUGCGCAAACAGGUGUUCAUUGGAGCUGUCAUGCAAGGUCCUGGCAACGUUGAUCUUCAGUCCACAUACAACAACCAACAGGAUCCCAGAUACCAGGACUCGAUUGGCCAAUUGCUAAUGCAGUACUCUCGAGCAAUUCCAGGCGGCAUUCUCAUGUUCUUUCCGUCCUACUCGCUGCUACAUAAACUUACAACACGGUGGAAGAAGACUAAGCUGUGGGACGAAAUUGCGCAGUAUAAGGCUGUCUACUCAGAACCACGUAAUGCCGGCAAGGACUUUGAUGCCCUCUUGGAAGAUUACAAGAGCACGAUCACAAAAUACUCGGAGGCUGUAGCAGCUGAUGAUAAUGGCAGCGCUGUGCCGGUGAACACUACAGGUGCCAUCUUUUUGGCUGUUUAUCGCGGUAAAGUGAGUGAAGGUAUUGAUUUCUCGAACGAUAAUGCACGGGCUGUUCUUUGCGUGGGAAUCCCCUUUCCAAGCGUGAAGGAGCUGCAAGUGUCUUUGAAACGCAAGUACCAAGACGAGAAGAGCCGAAUGAACAUAAAGCUCGUGAAUGGCCAUAUUUGGUACCAGCUACAAGCAUUUCGUGCGCUCAACCAAGCACUCGGACGUUGCAUUCGUCAUCGCGAGGAUUAUGGUGCCAUCAUGCUGCUCGAUUCGAGACAUCGCUUUAACAAGCAUACCAAGUCACUUUCAAAGUGGAUGAGACCGUUCAUCCAGGAGUUUGAGCACUCGCAGAUGUGCGUGCCACUGUUGAGUGAUUUCUUCCAGAGGAACUGCAUGGAAUUGCUACAGCCCGUGCCGUUACCCCUGGUAGAAUCAGCUUUAUCGACAUCAUCACAGUGGAAGACGAAACGAGUGCCAUUAGUUCUCGAGUACGAGGUAGUGGGCAAGAAGGACCGGAAAAAGAGCGUGAAAGCCAAUUGCAUGACGACAUCCUCAUUAUCGUCGACCUUGGCAACCGUCAAAGACUUUAUGGCAAAGCAGAAGAAAGAAUUGGAUCGACAAGACAGCGUCUUCUCACUGUUUCGUCACCAGGAUAUGAACAAGUCAAAGUAG